CUACCCAAAGGAAAAAGACACAUAUACAUGCAUGUUUGUAGCAGCAUAAUUCGCAAUUGCAAAGAUAUGGAACCAACCUAAGUGUCCAUUGACUAAUGAGUGGAUUAAAAAAAUGUAGUAUAUAUAUACACCAUUGAAUACUACUCAGCCAUAAAAAGGAACGAAAUAAUACCUUUUGGCAGCAACUUGGAUGGAGCUGGAGGCCAUUAUUCUAAGUGAAGUAACUUAGGAAUAGAAAACCAAAUACUGCAUGUUCUCACGUAUAAGUGGGAUUAAGUUACGAGGAGGCAAAGACAUACAGAGUGAUGUAAUGGAUUCUGGGGACUCCAGGUGGGGAGGAGAUUGGGAGCGGGGUGAGGGAUAAAAAGACUACAUAUUGGGUACAGUGUACACUGGUGGGUGACGGGUACACUAAAAUCUCGGAAUUCGCCACUCAAGAGUUCAUCCAUGUAACCAAAACCCACCAGUACACCCAAAACUAUUGAAAUAAAAAAUAAAUAAAUAAAAAUGAGAGAAAACCCACAAAAAGCAAAUGGCUUUGUGGUCCUCAACGGUUUUUUAAGAGUUUUGUAAAGAAGUCCUAAGGCCAAAAGUCUGAGAACCGCUGCUUUAAGCUAACACCUAUAACGGUGGAACCUAAUUCUUCGCGGGACCCUUUCCAAUGUCAGAGUGAAAUCGGUCAGAAUCCAGCAGGCUUAACUAGUUUUCUCUACAGCGAUGAGGAAAGAAGUCCAGUAUUAGACCUGGGCCGCGGUGAGGGUGGAGCCAAGGCUGCGUCUGGGGUCUCUGUGGAAACCGCCCUGUCUGAGUCUCCCAGACCUCGCGCCCUUAGUUCCUCUCCGCCUCUGAUUGGAACACGCUAUCAGUGGGCGGUGCUUCGGGAAAGGGACGGGCCUUCAUAUUCAUCCAGGAGCCCCUCGCAGCAGCGUACUGACGUCACGCAGGACGCCACUGCCCUGUCGCCCGGCCUUUGCAGCCCAGGAAGUGGGCGCGGUAGCUGGAGCUGGAUUCUGAGGGGGCGCGGGCGGCUUUCAGACUGGGUCGGAGGCCUGCGGGCCGGCAGUCUCUGUCCCUCCUGUUCUUGUCCGGCGCUGCUUAGCCCCUCCGCUUUGUCAUCAUGGAUCCGAUUUUAAACCGAAUGGAUUAUCUACAGGUGGGAGUAACAUCUCAGAAGACUAUGAAGCUACUUCCUGCCUCAAGACACAGAGCUACACAAAAGGUGGUUAUUGGGGAUCAUGAUGGGGUAGUUAUGUGCUUUGGCAUGAAGAAAGGAGAAGCAGGAGCAGUGUUCAAGACUUUACCGGGGCCGAAGAUUGCAAGACUGGAACUAGGAGGGGUUCUUAACACACCUCAGGAGAAAAUUUUUAUUGCUGCAGCAUCUGAGAUUAGAGCCUUCACAAAAAGAGGAAAACAGUUCCUCUCUUUUGAAACAAACCUCACUGAAAGCAUUAAAGCUAUGCACAUAUCUGGCUCAGACCUCUUUCUCAGUGCAAGUUACAUCUAUAACCAUUAUUGUGACUGCAAAGACCAACAUUAUUACCUUUCUGGGGAUAAAAUCAAUGAUGUUAUCUGCCUUCCAGUGGAAAGAUUAUCUCGUAUCACACCUGUAUUGGCCUGCCAGGACAGAGUGCUCAGAGUUUUACAGGGAUCUGAUGUGAUGUAUGAAAUUGAAGUUCCUGGCCCCCCUACUGUCUUAGCACUACACAAUGGAAAUGGCGGUGACUCUGGAGAAGACCUUUUGUUUGGGACAUCAGAUGGAAAACUUGGGCUUAUUCAGAUUACUACAUCCAAACCAAUACACAAGUGGGAAAUUCGAAAUGAGAAAAAGAGGGGAGGUAUUUUGUGUAUUGACAGCUUUGACAUUGUGGGUGAUGGGGUUAAAGAUUUACUUGUUGGGAGAGAUGACGGAAUGGUGGAAGUGUAUAGUUUUGGUAAUGCAAAUGAACCUGUUCUACGAUUUGAUCAGAUGUUGUCUGAAAGUGUCACAUCUAUCCAGGGUGGUUGUGUAGGAAAAGACAGCUAUGAUGAAAUCGUGGUGUCCACAUAUUCAGGCUGGGUUACAGGUCUGACAACAGAGCCCAUUCAUAAGGAAAGUGGACCAGGAGAAGAACUAAAAUUUAAUCAGGAGAUGCAGAAUAAAAUUUCUUCCUUACGGAAUGAGUUGGAACAUCUGCAGUAUAAGGUAUUGCAGGAAAGAGAGAAUUAUCAGCAGUCUUCUCAAUCAAGCAAAGCAAAAUCAGCAGUACCUUCCUUUGGUAUAAAUGAUAAAUUUACACUAAAUAAAGAUGAUGCCAGUUAUAGCCUUAUCUUAGAGGUACAGACUGCAAUAGAUAAUGUCUUAAUACAGAGUGAUGUUCCAAUAGAUUUACUUGAUGUGGAUAAAAAUUCUGCUGUUGUUAGCUUUAGCAGCUGUGAUUCUGAGUCAAAUGACAACUUCCUUCUCGCCACUUAUCGGUGCCAGGCAAAUACUACAAGGCUGGAACUCAAGAUUCGCUCAAUUGAAGGCCAGUAUGGCACACUACAAGCAUAUGUGACUCCAAGAAUUCAACCCAAAACCUGUCAGGUCCGCCAAUACCACAUCAAACCUCUUUCACUCCAUCAAAGAACUCACUUUAUUGAUCAUGACAGACCCAUGAAUACACUGACUCUAACAGGCCAGUUCAGUUUUGCUGAAGUUCACUCCUGGGUGGUUUUUUGUCUGCCUGAAGUUCCAGAAAAACCUCCAGCAGGAGAAUGUGUGACAUUUUACUUUCAGAACACCUUUCUAGAUACACAACUUGAAAGUAUCUACAGAAAAGGAGAGGGAGUUUUUAAAUCUGACAACAUUUCUACUAUCUCCAUCCUAAAAGAUGUGCUUUCUAAAGAAGCUACAAAAAGGAAAAUUAACCUCAACAUAUCAUACGAGAUAAAUGAAGUAUCAGUCCAACACACUUUAAAGCUAAUCCACCCAAAGCUGGAGUACCAGUUGCUUUUGGCUAAGAAAGUGCAGUUAAUUGAUGCUUUAAAAGAAUUGCAGAUUCAUGAGGGAAAUAUGAACUUUUUGAUACCAGAAUAUCGCUGUAUUCUAGAAGAGGCAGAUCACCUACAGGAAGAAUACAAAAAGCAACCUGCACAUCUUGAAAGACUCUAUGGCAUGAUCACUGAUCUUUUCAUAGAUAAAUUUAAGUUCAAAGGCACCAAUGUAAAAACUAAAGUACCCCUUCUAUUGGAAAUUCUGGACAGUUAUGACCAAAAUGCAUUGAUUUCAUUCUUUGAUGCAGCAUGAAAUACAAAUAAGGUAAAGUCCCAAAGAAGUGGUCUGUUUAAAUGAAAAAUGUUAAAACAGAAUUAGAAGUUAACUGUGUACCUACUUUAAUUUCAACUGCUUUUUUAUAUCUAAAAAUAUUUGAGAUAUAAUGGCUUUUUAAAGUAAUGCUUCUGUUUCUUUUGCCAAGUUGAACUUUCUAAGAGUUUUUAUUUUUAAAACACAAAUAGAAUGAUUUAAAUAGGAUUUUAAUGAAUUUUUGAUAAGUGGCUGUUUUAAUUUUUAAAUUGAGAAGUAAUAUGUGGAAAAUGAAAAUAUAUGCAAAUGUAUUACAAGGUACAUAAACACAUAAAUAUAUAAACUGCUUUAUAGGUUUCAAAAUGUAUUUUUAUAUAUUACCUUAUUUGAUCUUAACAACUGUUGUAUAAGUUUGUCAAAUCAUAUAAGAAAACUGAUUCUCAGUGAAAUUUUGCGAUUAAGAGGACAUGCUAGUACUUUAUAAAGCUGGGACCAGAACCCAAGUACUGGUACUUGCUUUGUGUCCUGGUUACUAUGUAUGUUGCCAGCUAGUGGAAGUAACCUACCAAUUAUUUUUUCUAGGAGAUAGGAUUGAUUUGCAACUGAUUUUCCUUUUGCUUGGUGAUGUUUUAUGACUCUGCUGCAGUUUGUGGAAAUGCUGGACUUGGCUCAGUGCUAUAAAUUGUAGUCAGGGAAAUAAGAGCUUACACAGAGUCGGGGGAUCUUAACUAGACAUGCUGUAACCAGUGGAGCUAUUCAAGCAUGCUACAAGUGAAGAGUGCAGAAAUAGUGAUGCCAUCUUAGAUUUUCCUACACCAGUAUGAUCUCUUUUUAUCAUAUAUGACAUUAAGGCUACAGAAGUUUUGUACAUUAAUCUUAAUUCAUAUUUAUUAAUUUCAAAGAAAUAUUGAAACGUCUUAAAAUGGCAUAAAGAUAAUGGAAAAUAAGCUUUGUUUCAAGAAGGGCAGACUCACUAAUUUUUUAGAAAACAAUGCUUCUUAAUGAUAUGCUAUUAUACUUACUAGGUACGUGCAAGCUUUGUAUAUAAAUAUUAAAAUUUGUUACAGGCACAUAUAUAGUUAAGAGAAUUUUAUUUUAAUAAGAUCAUAUUGUUUUUACUAUAUUUAAAGAAACUUUACUUCUGAAAGGAACAUAAUUUAUCUAGGUCACUAGAAUGUCAUUGUAUUUUUUGUUGGCUGCCACAGCUUGGGGAAAAAUAGAUAAAAAUUAAUGACUCUAUUUGAAUAUUUUGUAAUGCAUUGUAUAUUUAUUAUAUAUAUAUAUCAACAGUAGUUCAAGGUGGCACUUAAUUGCAUCUUCAUUAGGAAAAAUAAAAAGCAUAAAACACAAUUUCUGGUUACUAUGAAUAAAUGCCUAAAUGUUAAGAUGAUAUUA